AUGUCACGUCAAAACACAAACGACAACAAUGACGGCCUUUUCUUCAAGUUUCCGGAUUGGCAAGAGCUCGGCUUGCGCUCGCGUGAGGCGUGGCAGCAACGGCUAAAUGUGCGCACGCGCCAUUGGGAACUGUACGCGGACCCCGACGACAUCAGGCAUGAGAUCGAUUCUGGGGAGUACAUUAACGUCGAGGAACGUGUCGAGUCUGAAGAACAUGUCGAACCUGCGGGUGAAGACCAGGCACAUGAUGAUGUUGACUCCGCGAAUGGACAUGACGCUGAGGACGCUGGUGCAUACAAGGACGUCACUGAUCAGCCGUAUGAGCUCCUCGAGGAGGUAUACGACCAUCUUUUGGACCUUCCAGGACAUGAUGCUGAGAACGUUGUCGAAUCUAGGGACUUUACAGAUCGCCCAUAUGAGCUCCCCGAGGAAGUCUACGACCACCUUCUUGAGCUUCCGGGCGAUAACAUCGGUAACGGACUUUCCGAAGACUUUCCUGCUUCGCUGAUCCGGGGAAAUUGCCACCGAAAUAUUGACAAGUCUCCUUUGCAUCACGGCAUUGACGGCAAUAGAGAUGAGGAGGACAAUCCAAAAUCGGAAUGUUCCAACAAGCGGGCAAAGGGAUCAGCUUAG